ACCCAGGAGACAGAGGUUGCAGUGACCCAAGAUGGAGCCACUGCACUCCAACCUGGGGGACACUGUGAAACUCCAUCUCAAAGGCAUGCUGGGCAGGCCCCCAAGGCUGGCCUGACCAUCCCAAGGGGCACAGGCUCCAGUAGGCUGCCUAUCCACACUCCAGCCUUCAGGAACCCCUGGUCUUGGGCACGUAUCCUGUGGGAUGCCAUUUGGCCCCAUCUCACACUGAGGGGCUGCGAAGCAGCACAGUCCCAUAUGAGUCAUUCAUUGAACCAGGAUUUAUUGACAGCUUGUGGAGUGCCAGGGCCUCUGCCCUGAGAGCACUGGGGAGUUGAGGGUAACCUGAGAGACUCAGACCGCUUUAGGAAACGAAAUCCACCCUAACCACACUUAGCGAGUCACCCUGGCUAGGACAGCGCUGCCCUCCAGUUGGUCAUCUGGACUGGAUUUCCACGCAGCCAAGCACUAUGCUUCCCAGACCCUGAUCUCCGGUCUGUGCAGGCCAGGUGUCUGGAGCCAGGCCUGGUGACGGGUAUCCCCCAGGUGGGAGGAGGGGACUGUCCUGGAUAUCAGAUCUGGAGCUGAGGGGGAGGCGUGGGGUCAGGAGGGGAGGCGUCCUGAGGUUUCCCUGGCCAAGGUUGCAGACAAGGGGCGCAGACAAUCGGCGCAUUGUGAGCAGGAGCUGCAGCAUGGAGCCAGCAAGCUGCUGCGCAGAGCGCCCCGAACCUGAGCAUGCAGGGGUGAAGACCAAGCCCUGCUGUGGGAGCUGGAGAGCCAUGGGCCUGUUGCUGCUGCUGCUGGUGCUGACUGCGGGGGCUGUGGCUGGAGGGCUUCUUGGCUUUGCUCAGGGCCCUCCCAAGCCACAGCUGCAGAUGCUGCGAAUGACCCUCCCGAGCCCCCACGUGCCCAGGCCCAACCAAACCAUCCUGGUAGACGUGGCCCAGAAUGCGGCAACCAUCACAGUGACCCCACCUCAGAGCAACCACAGCUGGGUGGUGCUGUUCGACGGACAGAGCGGCUGCAUCUGUUACCGCCCUGAGGAGCACCACACCUGCUUCCUCCGCCUGAUGGGGGACAGUGAUCGGGAGACCCUGCGGCUGCUGGUGGAUACCUCCAAGGCCCAAGGGACUCAGGGCCCCAGCCAGGACACCCACCACACCCAGGAGCUGCUGGCAGUGCUGGGGAGCCACGAGGUGGACCCCACCCAGGUGGGAGCUUUGGUGCAGCACCUGUGUGCAAGGACCCCCAUCUACUGGGCCCAGCGAGUGGAGGGUGAGUUGGGGUUGCUGCAUGGGGAGGCCAGGCCCACGGAGGAGCUGGGGGCACAGCCCUUUGGGAUUCACGGCGCCCUCACCACAGGGCCCCGGAGGCAGCGGCUCAUCUAUCUCUGCAUCGACAUCUGCUUCCCAAGCAACAUCUGCGUGUCGGUCUGCUUUUAUUACCUCCCAGACUGAGCCCCUGAACUGGCCAAGCCCAGUCCCAGUCCCCAGUCCAGUGGGAUGGCCAGAUCACCCACACCAGGGAGGACAGCUGCCGGCGGGACGAAUAAACCCUUCCACCUGGC